AUGACCCAAGAAACGCCUUCAGGCACUUUUGACACGGAGAAUAUUCAAGAACAACAGUACUUGAAUUUGUGCCAGAAAAUUCUCGAUGAAGGAGAGAAAAGAGAGGAUAGAACAGGGACCGGCACUUACUCUAUAUUUGCUCCACCACAGCUAAGAUUCGACCUUUCAGAUGGUCAGUUUCCGCUGUUGACUACGAAAAGAGUGUUUUUCAGAGGAAUAUUACACGAAAUACUUUGGUUCAUUUCGGGUUGUACUGACGGCAAGAAAUUGUCCGAGAAAGGUGUUCACAUCUGGGAAGGUAACGGGUCCAGAGAGUACUUAGACUCUAUUGGUUUAAAGGAUCGACGUGAAGAUGAUUUGGGUCCCAUAUAUGGAUUUCAAUGGAGACAUUUUGGUGCAAAAUACGUGGAUUGUGAUACUGACUAUGCAGAUCAGGGAUUUGACCAGAUUGCUAAUAUUAUACACACUCUAAAGACCAACCCUUACGAUAGACGUAUCAUUCUAUCUGCUUGGAAUCCUCCGGCUUUCAAAGAGAUGGCAUUACCGCCGUGUCAUGUUUUCUGCCAAUUUUAUGUCAGUUACAAGUCUGAAAAACCUAGAUUGAACUGUCAGAUGUACCAGAGGUCAUGUGACAUGGGUCUAGGUGUUCCAUUCAACAUUGCAUCUUAUGCUUUACUCACCUAUAUGAUUGCCAAGGUCUGUGAUAUGGAACCCGGUGAAUUUAUUCACGUCAUGGGUGAUUCUCACAUCUAUUGUGAUCACGUGGAGGCUCUCAAACUGCAGAUCGCGAGAAAGCCAAGACCGUUUCCUAAGUUGGUCAUCAAGAGAAAGAUCUCAGACAUCGAUGACUUCAAGUACGAAGACUUUGAGAUUGUCGACUACCAUCCUUACCCUACUAUCAAGAUGAAAAUGAGCGUUUAG